CCAAAGUUUGUUAGAGUUUACAAGGAGUUGCAGAAGUGAUUGCUGUAAUAAAAUCUGUGUCCUCUGUUCUUAUAUUUUGAAAUGAGUUGUUCCAGUUUGGUAUAAUUGAGCCACCAUGGUCAACUAUUUACAAAUAUUAUGCGGGGCCUUGGUGUUGCUGCUAGCACUUUACUACUAUCUCACUUCAUCCUUCAACUAUUGGAAAAAGCUUGGCAUUACCGGACCACGGCCUUCGAUAAUAUUCGGAAAUCUUCAAUCGAUUGCGUUGGGACAAUCGUCCAUGAGCGAUGUUAUAAAGAAAAUGUACGACGAGUACAAAAACGAGCCAGUGUUCGGAAUCUACGGAGGCAGUGCACCAAUUUUGGUUGUUAAUGAUCUCGAUCUAGUCAAAGAUGUCCUCAUCAAGGACUUCCCUUUGUUCGCAUCUCGAGGAUUAAUCAUGUUUCCUGAGGUGGAUCGUUUGGAAGAGCAUCUCUUUCAUUUGGAGCCUGAAAUAUGGCGUCCACUGAGAGCAAGACUCUCGCCAGUAUUCACGCCUGGUAAACUUAAGGAAAUGUUCCCUCUGGUGGUAAAAUGUGCAGAAUACUUGGAGAAAUACUUGGACACCGUAACAGAAAAGGAAGGGCCUGUGGAUUGUCGAGAAAUUGCAGCGAAAUAUACAACCGAUGUGAUCGGUACCUAUGCCUUUGGAAUCGACAUGAACGCCAUCGCGGACGAGGAUAGCGAAUUUCGCCGAAUGGGCAGAAAGAUGUUUAUCCCGUCUUUCAAAUUCGCUGUUACACAUACGAUAAGGCAAUUCUUCCCGGCCAUAUACACGCGACUAGGUCAUUUAAUGCGGUCGACAAAGGAGACUGAUUUCUUUACGAAGGUGGUUAUGGACACAAUUAAUUACAGAGAAGAAAAUAAUGUGGUCAGACCCGACUUCCUCAAUAUGCUUCUGGAGCUGAAGAGGAAUCCGAGUCAGUUGGAAAAUAUUGAAUUGACGGACUCGUUCCUGGCUUCUCAGGCGUUCAUCUUCUUCUUAGCAGGAUUUGAAACAUCAUCGUCAACGAUAGGACAGGUACUUUAUGAACUAGCAUUACACCAGGACAUACAGGAUAAAUUACGUAAGGAGAUUCGAGAAAAUUUAGGAGAAAACGCUGGAGAAGGUGAAAGUUUAACAUACGAACAAGUCAAGGAAUUGAAAUAUCUGGAUGCAGUGUUUCGAGAGACGCUAAGGAAGUAUCCGAUAAUACCAAUAAUAAUGAGACGGGUUAGUGCAAACUACACUUUUAAGGGCACGAAAAUCACAAUCCCUAAAGACACGAGGAUAUGGAUACCAGUAUAUGGAAUCCAUAACGAUCCCGAUAUUUACACAAAACCUGAGGUAUUUGAUCCUGAACGGUUUACCAAUAAUGAUAUUUCAACCAGGCAUCCUAUGAGCUUCUUGGCUUUUGGUUAUGGACCCAGAAAUUGUAUAGGAAUUGGUUUCGCAACUUUCCAGAGCAAGGUUGGACUUAUUUACAUUCUCCGUAAUCACAAGGUCGAAGUCUGCGAGAAGACGACGAUUCCGUUCAAGUCUCAAAACGGAUCGUUCUUGUUGACACUCAAGGGAGGAGUAAUGUUAAAAAUAUUAAAAGUUACCACGAUGGUGGACUAUUUCCAAAUAUUAUGUGGCGUCGUGGUGUUGCUGCUAGCACUUUACUAUUAUCUCACUUCACCCUACAACCAUUGGAAAAAGCUUGGCAUUGCCGGACCACGGCCAUCGCUGUUAUUCGGAAAUCUUAGAUCGCAAGGGUUGGCACAAACGUCCAUGAGUGAUACCGUAAAGAAACUGUACGACAAAUACAAAAACGAACCAGUGUUCGGAAUCUACGGAGGCAGAUCACCAAUAUUGGUUGUUAAUGAUCUCAAUCUGAUCAAAGACGUCCUCAUCGCGGACUUCUCGUUGUUCGCAGCUCGUGGAUUACCCUUGUAUCGUAAGGUGGAACGUUUGCAAGAGCAUCUCUUCCAUUUGGAGCCUGAAAUAUGGCGUCCACUGAGAGCAAGACUCUCGCCAGUGUUUACGUCUGGUAAACUUAAAGAAAUGUUUCCUAUGAUGCUACAAUGUGGAGAACAGUUGGAGAAAUACUUGGACAUCGUGACAGAAAAGGGAGGGCCUGUGGAUUGCCGAGAAAUAGCAGCGAAAUAUACAACCGAUGUGAUCGGUACCUGUGUCUUUGGAAUCGACAUGAACGCCAUCGUGGACGAGGAUAGCGAAUUUCGUCGAAUGGGCAGAGAAAUGUUCACUCCGUGUUUGAAACAUGUUAUCAGAGAUACGACGAAGCUAUUCUUCCCGGCGAUAUACGUACGAUUAGGUGAUUUAGUGCAGCCGACAAAGAUCACUGAUUUCUUUACGAAGGUGGUUAUGGACACUAUGAAUUACAGAGAAAAAAAUAAUGUGGUCAGACCCGACUUCAUUCAUAUGCUUCUGGAGCUGAAGAAGAAUCCGAGUCAGUUGGAAAACAUUGAGUUGACGGACUCGUUUCUGACUUCGCAGGCAUUCGUCUUCUUCUUAGCAGGAUUUGAAACGUCAUCAUCAACGAUAGGGCAUGCACUUUACGAACUAGCAUUGCACCCAGACAUGCAGGACAAAUUACGUAAGGAAAUUCGAGAAACCUUAGACGAGAACGCGAGAGAAGGUAAAAGUUUAACAUACGAACAAGUCAAAGAAUUUAAGUAUCUGGAUGCAGUGUUUCAAGAGACGCUAAGGAAAUAUCCGAUAUUGCCAUUAAUAGUGAGAGAGGUUAAUACAAACUACACUUUUAAGGGCACGAAAAUCACAAUUCCUAAAGGCACAAAGAUAUGGAUACCAGUAUAUGGAAUCCACCACGAUCCCGAUAUUUACACAAAACCUGAGGUAUUUGAUCCGGAACGGUUUACCAAUGACGGUAUUUCAACCAGGCAUCCUAUGAGCUUCUUGGCUUUUGGUGAUGGUCCCAGAAAUUGUAUAGGAGCUCGUUUUGCAAUUUACCAGAGCAAAGUUGGUCUUAUUUCCAUUCUCCGUAAUAACAAGGUCGAAGUCUGCGAGAAGACGACGAUUCCGUACAAGUCUGACGCCCGAGCGUUUUUGCUGACACUUAAGGGAGGAGUAAUGUUAAAAAUGUCAAAAGCAGAAUAAUUUUUUCUUUAUGUUUGUAAACAUGUUGUCCAAAACAAUUGAUUAAUUCAUAUCUAUUAUCUUAUGUACAUAAAAUAAAUGUCGCUGUCACAUUAAAGCGCAAUGUUGAAAACAAA